UUUUAUGAGUUGGUAGCCUUGUAACUUGUCUAGUUUUGUCAAGUAAACUUCAAAUUUCAAAACAAAAGGUAUACGUUUAUUUCAAACAAUUAUUAUGGCAGUUUGAAAGGCAUUCUAGUUUUUAUAUUAAACGCUUGUGCCGCUAGAUUACAACUCAAGAAUGCCUGCUUACCGACAAGACUCCUCAUGUGACCAAGAAGAUGAAGCAAAUAUAAAUUACCAAGCUACAGGAGAUCCAUUGGCUUUGAUAUACAAUGAAGGUCUUUGGAGAAUAUACAAGUUGUCUCCAUUACACAACAUACAGUGUACAGCUGUAAAGUUAAAACAAUAUGCAUCGAAAGUGCGACAAUCGUUAGUGAGUUCUACACAAAUGAAUAGCAAUCUGAAAUAUACAGUGCAGUUUGAAGAGCAGCCAUUGAGAUAUUCAGAGGAUGACGCCAAUGGUUUAAUGAUAACAGUAUCAUCCAGUCAGGAAAACAAUAGUAACAAAAAAGUUGUAUACACUGCCAUUCUAUUGUCCUGGGGCAUGAGCAUUAAUUUGGAGAAUACUACACACUUGCCAUACAUGUUAGAGAGAGGAGAACAAAAAAUAGGGCAUGCAGUGCAAGCCACGCUGAAGAGUGCAUUUGAUUGUAAUAUUAAGCAGUUUACCUUUACCCAGCACCAACUUUUACAAUUUGGGUAUAUGUUUCUUGAGAAUGACACAUCCCGUUCUAAUGACCCAUUCACACUGGUCUACAGGACACCACAAUCUGAUGUAAAAGACAGAUUGAGCAUGUCUUUUGAAAUAGGUGAUGUACGGCUCAUUUGGAACAGGGUAAAAGAUGAAAAAUCCGACACUUCUGAGCCUGUGAUUCUAGCUUAUCAAGUACUACAGAACCAAAUAUUUGAGAUGACAUUUUUAGAUGUUACGGUGUUUGAGUUAUGCGACUUGAAUUUGCCGAAAGGUGAAAUCAAAAGUUCGGGUGCAGUGAAAAUGAAGACGCCUGAAAUCGUCAAUUGCUUUUUCACUACGUUGAAUACGAUAAGCUAUGGUAAUAUUUGGAAAGACUUAAAUAGUUCAGAAUAGUAAUAAAUUAUUAUAAUUUA